AUGCCAGGUCUUGGGGCCCUGAUCUGUGAGAAGUUUGCAGCAGAAGGAUCCAACAUUGUCGUAAACUAUGUCAGCAGCAAGGAGAGGGCCGACCAGGUUGCCGAGAAGUGUAAAGGAUUGGGAGUCAAGGCCGUUGUAAUCCAGGCUGAUAUUGGAGUCGUUGGCGACACCGUUCGACUUGUCAAAGAGAGUUCUCAGCAACUGGGGGGACUCGACAUCAUCAUCAACAACGCAGGCUGGACCAGAUUUACCAACUUUGGAGACAUCAAUGACAUGAGUCAUGAUGAAUGGAACAAGUGUUGGGCUACCAACGUCAUGUCCCACCUGGUGUUGUUGCAGGAGGCUGCUCCGAUCUUCAACAACAAUCCAGAUGGCGGCGCUUUUAUUAUCUCCUCGUCGGUCGCGGGUAUAAGCUGUUCUGGAAGUAGCAUGGGCUACUCGGUUACCAAAGCCGCAGGUCUCCAUUUGAUGAAGUGCCUUGCCACCACACAAGGCCCAAAGAUCCGCGUCAACGCCGUCCUUCCAGGUCUUCUUCUAACGGAAUGGGGCUUGAGGUACAGUGACGAGCGCAUCAAGGCUGUUAAGAAUGCUGCCGCUCUUAAGCAAGAGACUCUGCUCGAUGAUUGCGCAGAUGCCUAUAUCUCACUUGCGAAGAACACGUCCAUCACCGGCCAGGAGAUUGUCGUUGACUCUGGUCUUGUCAUUCGAUAG